UCCAUGUGAUAGACAAACAUGAUUUUUCAAUCCAGAAUUCAAAUUCAACCAAAUGAAAUCUUAUCAAAAAUUGGAUUUCAUUUCAUUUUGAUCAAAUGAAAUGAAUUCGUAUUCAUGAUCGAUGCUUCAAUGGUGUGAACUUCGGAGUUUUGCUGAAAGCAUUUCCUUCAGUUUACUGCUGGCGCCGCAAGGGAGAGUUAGUUGAAGACACGGAGAGUGGAACUACAUGCCCGGAAGAUCGGUCGAGACGAUGAAUGUGAUCUUUCUGGGAUGUCAGACGAAGAAUGUGCUAGUAUAGCUGUAAUAAGCCUCGUGCCCGGUCUAUCGCACUUCCCAGCACAGAUCACAUGCAGUUGUGCAUGCGUGCACAACAGACCACCUCCAAAUCACACACAUCGAAUGCUAAUGACCAGACUAAACAUCGAGCACAAAACAAAAUUAAAAUUAUAAACAUCCCAUAACGGCCUGGUCACUCCUGUCUAGCUAGCCACCUCAGUGCACCAUUGCUGACCACAGUUCUCCGAAAGAACCCAAUUAAGGUCCAGCAAUGGCCAGGCCGCCCUUGCUUCUCCUGCUGCUCGUCUCGGCGUGCGCAGCUGCCGCGAGCAACGCUGCCGCCGACGAUCCAGCGAUGAGGAUGCGGUUCGAACAGUGGAUGGGCAAGCACGGCCGCGCGUACGCCAACGGCGGCGAGAAGCAGAGAAGGUUCGAGGUGUACAAGGAAAACUUAGCGCUCAUCGAGGAGUUCAACUCCGGUGGCCAUGGCUACACGCUGACCGACAACAAGUUUGCGGACCUGACGAACGAGGAGUUCAGAGCCAAGAUGCUCGGAGGCCUCGGGGCUGAUCCGGACAGAAGAAGAAGAGCCCGGCACGCUUCGAACGCCUUGGAAUUACCUGUGAAAAUGGCUGAAGAGGGUAAUGAUAAUAGUACUGAUCUGCCGAAAGACGUGGAUUGGAGGAAGAAAGGGGCAGUGGUGGAAGUGAAGAACCAAGGGAGCUGCGGUUCAUGCUGGGCGUUCUCGGCGGUGGCGGCCAUGGAGGGCCUGAACCAGAUCAAGAACGGGAAGCUGGUGUCGCUGUCGGAGCAGGAGCUGGUGGACUGCGACGCCGAGGCCGUGGGCUGCGCCGGCGGGUUCAUGAGCUGGGCCUUCGAGUUCGUCAUGGCCAACCACGGCCUCACCACGGAGGCCAGCUACCCGUACAAGGGCAUCAACGGCGCGUGCCAGACGGCCAAGCUGAACGAGAGCAGUGUGAGCAUCACGGGCUACGUCAACGUGACCGUCAAUAGCGAGGCGGAACUGCUAAAGGUGGCGGCGGUGCAGCCGGUGUCGGUGGCCGUGGACGCCGGCGGGUUUCUGUUCCAGCUCUACGCCGGCGGGGUGUUCUCGGGCCCCUGCACCGCCCAGAUCAACCACGGCGUCACCGUGGUGGGCUACGGCGAGACCGACAAGGCGGAGAAGUACUGGAUCGUCAAGAACUCGUGGGGGCCCGAGUGGGGCGAGGCCGGCUACAUGCUCAUGCAGCGCGACGCCGGCGUGCCCACCGGCCUCUGCGGCAUCGCCAUGCUCGCCAGCUACCCAGUCAUGUGAGUCGUGUUUCCUGGUGGUGAUGUGUGUAAGUGUAGACUAAUGCAGCAUGGUGUGAGAAAAUACCAGAAUAUUUUACAUAGUAUGUACAUAUGUACUACUUGAUCGUACUGAAUUUAUACCAUUACAGGUUUGACAGUUAA